AUGCCACAUCUUCCUGGUCGAAAGAUUUACACCAAAGAUGCCACGGCAGCCACCGUUCCCACUCUUUUGGUUGGACAGCACCACAUGGAAUCUAGUGCUCUCCACAGCCUCUAUUUCCCGAGCCGUCUCUCUCGCUGGUCUACUUUUCUACGGGCCGUGGAAGCAACGAGCAAAUCGCAGACAUUGAGUUCAAGAACCCAACGCCUUGAUGAUGAGGCAGUUGAGCUCGGUGACGAGCACGGGCUUCAGGGCCAUUAUAGGGGAGCUGAAAGUUCCUGGAUCGAGCAACACAGAAGACGAACCCAGGCAAUUACUCGCCCAACCGAUGAGCUGUCGCUUUUCAUGACGCAACAGGAUAUCGACUAUGGUCAUGAGCCCGGAUCCGCUGCCGCAAAGUUUCUCUGCCACCCGAAGGACGACCCCAGAAAGCUAGCAUAUAUCCGAAUCUAUCGUCAAAUCCGUAUCUGUGGCUUCGAAUUUGCCCCUUCUAGUAUCCGAGCUAGCCACGCAAUUAAGAAAGAGACGAUUACGGAAUUAGUGGCAUUCAAGACACUGAAGGAGCUGGCAUGUCCUGCCGUCCCCCAACUCCUAGGUUACCAAGCAGGAACGCAGGGGGAGCACGAAAUCCCUGGUGGAAAGUUCCGGGAGAGCCUGUCUCAGGACUACUUUUGGAGUCUCAACGAACAGCAGCGCGGUAGUAUCCGCGAAGAAUUUCGCCGGGUCUACCAACAGCUUUUGGGAUGCGGCGUCAAGCCAUGUAUGGCCACCACCUCGAAGCUCAUAUAUGAUGAGUCUACUGGCAAGAUGCACAUUUCCGGGUUUCGGAUGGCAGCCCUUGAGUGCGAUACAAACCAACAGUUUCGGAGAACAGACUAUGUCAUGUACGGAUUGGCUAAGCGAUCUGACCGGACGGAUUGGUACGAUGACGACAGUGCAUGGAAAUGGUGA